AGGCCAUAAGCUCAAUGGUGUAUAAAACAAAACAUUUCUAAGAAAGUGGGAAAAAUCUAAUAAUUAUAUUUAUCUCAAGUUUACAUAAGUCUUUUGGUGCUUCCAAACUAAAGUUUAAUGAAACAUAAACAGUUCUGAACAAUAAUAUAUUAAAGAUAUAGCAAAAAAAUAUUGGAAAUAAAAUGUAACUAAACUGAUAAGAAAUAAAAAAUGGAAUUGAUGUAGUAACUCGUUAGGACUCUGGGCGUCGCUGUCCACCAAAUUGGGAAAGAAGCUUUCCUAGAAGCAACCGGUCUGCUGCUUUCACACUGAACACAGACCCGGGGAGAGCCGUGUAAAAAAAGCCAUCCAGCCCGUCCUGGCCAGAGAAGAAGCUCCUGCUGGCUUUCGAGCCCUAAGGGAAGCGGACACGGACCCGGGACCGAGAGAACUGACGCGGAAGACGGCAAUGGCCGGCCCCCCGGGGCGCCGGGGCCGCCGAGCCCUGCUUUGGCUCUCCAUGCUUCUGGGGACGCUGUGGGGCGCCGGGGCCGGGCAGAUCCGCUACUCCGUGCGGGAGGAGCUGGACAAAGGCUCGUUGGUGGGGAACCUGUCCGGGGACCUGGGGCUGGAGCCGCGGGCGCUGGCGCAGCGCGGGGUGCGCAUCGUCUCCAGAGGUCGGGCGCAGCUGUUCGCGCUGAGCGCGCGGGGCGGCGGCUUGGUGACGGCGGGCAGGAUCGACCGCGAGGAGCUCUGCGCCCAGAGCGCGCGCUGCCUGCUCCACCUCAACGUCCUGAUGGAGAAUACCAUGAAAAUUUACGGAGUGGAAGUGGAAAUCGUGGACAUUAACGAUAACCCCCCGCGCUUCAGGGAUGACAGGUUAGAAGUCAAAGUCAGUGAACUGGCAGCCGCGGGGACGCGGCUGGCGCUGCCCUUUGCGCGGGACGCGGAUGUGGGGGUGAACUCCCUCCAGGGUUACCAGCUCAGCUCCAAUCCCCACUUCUCCCUGGAUGUGAAGAGUGGGCCCGACGGGCAGAGGUACCCAGAGCUGGUGUUGGGGCAGCCCCUGGACCGCGAGCAAAAGGCCACCCACGACCUCCUCCUCACGGCGUUGGACGGCGGGGAGCCCGUCCGCUCGGGCACCGCGCAGAUCCGCGUGACUGUCCUCGAUGCCAACGACAACGCGCCCCGGUUCAGCCGCGGCGAGUACAGGGCGAGCGUUCCCGAGAACACCCCCGUGGGCGCCCGGCUGCUCACGCUCGCCGCCACCGACGCCGACGAGGGCCCCAAUGGGAAAGUGACCUUCUCCUUCCGCAACGAAGAAGACCACAUCGCGGAGACCUUCCGACUGGAUCCCAGCCUGGGGGAGAUCUCCACGGUGCGCUCGCUGGACUAUGAGCAGACCCCUUCCUACCUCAUGGAGGUGGUGGCUCAGGAUGGAGGGGCUCUUCUUGCCAGCGCGAAGGUACUGAUCACGGUGCAGGACGUGAAUGACAAUGCCCCCGAAGUGAUCCUCACCUCCCUCACCAGUUCCGUUCCUGAGGACUGCCCACCUGGAACCAUAAUUGCACUCUUUAGCGUGCAUGAUGGGGAUUCUGGACAGAAUGGGGAGGUUUCGUGUUCUAUCCCUGGGAAUUUGCCUUUUAAAUUGGAGAAAUCUGUUGAUAAUUACUAUCAUCUAUUAACAACAAGGCCUCUGGACAGAGAAGAGACUUCGGAUUAUAACAUCACGGUCACUGUUACGGAUGGUGGGACACCGCCCCUAUCUACAGCAAACCACAUCUCCCUGAAAGUAGCAGACAUCAAUGACAAUCCACCUGCCUUCUCUCGUGAUGCUUACUCCACUUCCAUCCCAGAAAACAACCUCAGAGGUGUCUCCAUCUUCUCCGUGACUGCCCACGACCGGGACAGUGGUGACAAUGCUCAAGUCACUUACUCCCUGGCUGAACACACAUUCCAGGAAGCUCCUCUCUCCUCCUACGUCUCCAUUAACUCCGACACUGGAGUGCUCUAUGCACUGCAGUCCUUUGAUUAUGAGCAGAUAAGAGAGUUGCAACUACUGGUGACAGCCAGCGACACUGGGAGCCCUCCACUGAGCAGCAGCGUGUCGGUGAGCUUAUUUGUUCUGGACCAGAAUGACAACAUCCCGGAGAUCCUGUACCCAGCCCUUCCUACUGAUGGUUCCACGGGUGUGGAGCUGACGCCUCGAUCUGCAGAGCCGGGAUACCUGGUGACCAAGGUGGUGGCCGUGGACAAAGACUCAGGACAGAAUGCCUGGCUGUCCUACCGCCUGCUCAAGGCCAGCGAGCCGGGGCUCUUCACGGUGGGGCUGCACACGGGUGAGGUGCGCACGGCGCGGGCCCUGCUGGACAGAGACGCGCUCAAGCAGAGCCUCGUGGUGGCGGUGCAGGACCACGGCCAGCCGCCCCUCUCGGCCACCGUCACGCUCACCAUCGCCGUGGCUGACAGCAUCCCGGAGGUCCUGGCUGAAUUGGGCAGCAUCAACACCCCCACCCACCCCCAAGAUUCAGACAUCACGCUCUACCUGGUGGUGGCCGUGGCUGUGGUCUCCUGUGUCUUCCUGGCCUUCGUCAUUGCGCUGCUGGCGCUCAGGCUUCGGCGCUGGCACGCAGUGCGCCUGCUUCAGUCUUCUAGAGGCAGCAUGGCAGGUGUGCCAAACUCCCACUUUGUGGGCGUGGAUGGGGUACAGGCUUUCCUGCAGACCUAUUCCCACGAGGUCACGCUCACCACUGACUCUAGGAAGAGCCACCUGAUCUUUCCCCAGCCCAACUAUGCUGACAGGCUUAUCAGCGAAGAGAGCUGUGAGAAAAGUGAGCCUCCUCUGAUAGCCAGCAAGAUGGAUGCAAACAAAGAAGACCCUGGAGGUGCUCAGGUCAGUUUUCUCUUUCGAUAAGAAUGGUCCAAGCAUUUUCUUCUAUCGCUUUCCUGCCAAAGUCAAAAUUGGGCAAUUGUAGAGUGAAUUUGUUAUUUGCUCUAUUGGAAAUUAACUUGAUUUUGUUUGAUAGUUGAUAUUCUCUGUUUAUUUUCAAAUUAUAU